CGAGAAGACAGGAAGGGAUAUCCUGGACCGACCGGCAUGGAGAACCUAGAAGACCUGGAUUCCGCGCGUGGAUGGUUUAUGCUUGGUGUCACACAAAACCGAAGACUUACAAGCGAAAACCGACCGACAAACUGUCCGGCCGAAGAAGCAGCCGGCGAAGACAGGACUCCAGGCGAACAUAGACAAGACGGGGGUUAUGAAAACAACCAACAACAACAUCCAGCGUCAAUCACCAUCAACGGGAGGGAUUUGAAAGAGGUCACUUCAUUCACUCACUUAUCUAGCAUUGAGCAUUGCCUCAACUACAGGCAGGUGGAACGGACGAGGAUGUCAAAUCGAGCGAGAAUCGGGAAGGCGAGAAACACACACAUUCAUCAACCUGAAAUCAAUCUGGAAAACCAAUCUUCGUCACUCAGCCAGCAUCAACAACAAAAUUCAGUAGGAUUUUCAAUACAAACCUGGUCAAGUCAGUCAGUUCUUCUAUACGGAUGAGAAACUUGGUGGGUGGGUCACAAAGAAUAUUUCCAACCAACAACCUGUUGCGAUGCAGACAUUUAUCAAGCAACAACUGUCUUCGCUGGAUGUAUACUGAAGAUCGGAUG